UUGGCCCAGUUGCCAAAUUCCAAAACAAUGCAAAACACCAGCAUGGACGCCUUCAACGUGACGUCGGCAAACAGCAGCACUGUCCUUUUAAAGCCCUUUUUGUCACCCGUGGUGGAUAAGACGAUUAAUGUGCUCAUGGUGGUAGUCUUAUUCAUCACCAUGAUCUCACUGGGAUGCACCAUGGAGGUGUCCAAGAUCAAGGGUCACAUCGUGAAACCGAAAGGGGUGGCGAUUGCACUCUUGGCCCAGUAUUGUGUCAUGCCGCUGACAGCAUUUUGCUUAGCCAAGGGCUUCCAGCUGGCUGAUAUGGCAGCUGUGGUGGUCCUGAUCUGCGGGUGUUGCCCCGGGGGGACACUCUCCAACAUCUUGUCCUUGGCUAUAAACGGCGACAUGAACCUAAGCAUUGUGAUGACAUCCUGUUCCACCUUGCUGGCUCUGGGCAUGAUGCCGCUGCUGCUCUACCUUUACUGCCAGGGCUUCGACAACCUGCAGAACGCCGUUCCUUAUGUUGACAUUGCCGUGUCCCUCGCAAUGAUCCUCGUGCCCUGCGGGAUCGGAAUCCUCAUCAACCACUACAGGCCACGAUACUCGAAGAUCAUCACCAAGGUCGGUCUGACCAUCAUGUCAAUUUCCUCCGUGGCGAUCACCGUCGUGGCCACCGUAGCAAUCAGCAGUGCCAUCCUGGCCGUGAUGUCUCCUCCCCUUUUGGCCACCGGCGCCAUCUUGCCCUUCAUCGGCUUCACCUUCGGCUAUAUCAUCUCGUCCAUCUUCAGACUCGCCCAAGCAGAGCGAAGGACUGUCGCUAUGGAAACAGGCUGCCAGAACAUUCAGUUGUGCUCAACCAUCCUGAAGCUGGCCUUUCCACCGGACGUGAUCGGCCCGCUCUUCCUCUUCCCAAUGGUGUACAUAUCCUUCCAGAUGUUAGAGGCCAUGGUGCUUAUUGUCGUCUACAGGUGCCACCAGAGGCUCACGAGAAAAGAGAAAGAUAUCUACCAGCCUGCGAUGACCGAUGCUGGACUGAAAGCACUCUCCGGAGGGACAGUAUGAUGGACGGGCCAGCUUUCCUUCAUGACAAUUUUGUGUCUGGACUGCCUUUCAGAAGGACCGAUUUUGGACAUGAAACGUCAACUUUCGGACUGCCGUGUUGACUGUUUUACAAUAAAUUUACACAACUACUACUACUUCCUGGGCUCAGUUCCCACUCGGUGAUGAUAAUUUGAGUGUGAAAGGUUGUCCGUGUUGGCAUCUAACUGCGACACCGACCGAGUAAGUGAAAUGAACAUUCAUAGUGAGGAAGGAAGAGUGUGUCGCAUUGCUAAAAGCGCUUUAAUAGGUACAGAAUGUCUUGCAUACAAUUGUCCCCCAUUUUUAAUUAAAACAAAUCCCUCAUGAUACAAAAGGCUGUAUUGUUCCAAAACACAUUAACAUCGGGUACAGAAAACAAAUAACAUCUAAACAUUCUCAACAACCACCCACCCC